ACAUUAUAUUUGGGGAAGUUGGGGAGUGAUUGUCUCUUCUUGGGAACUUUUGUGAAGCUAAGGCAGGGCAGAAAAAAAAGAAGUGGAGAAAUAGUUCUGAGGGUUCAUUGUACUGAGGGUCUAAUGGGCAACUGUACCCCCAUGUGCUUUGAAGCUGUGGAAUUAUUGCUGAUACACAAACCCUAAGUAAAUAUUUGGUCAGCUGUAACUUCCUGCUGGAUGUUCCUGGAAACAUAACCUUGUUGGCAUAUCUAUUUGACCAUGUUGGGAAGAUUGCAUGUGGUGGAGAAAGCCAUGCAGGUGACAGUUGUCUUGAUCCUUGUGUUGCUCUGCACCUCCAGCAAAGGUCACCGUUCUCCACUGAAUGAUUUCCAAAGACUAAAGGCUACUCAGCUGAUCACUUCGAUUCAACAAAGAGUGGAGCAGUUCUGUGUAGUAGAAGAAUGUGCCCGACAAUGUAACACCUUGCUGGACUGCAGAGCCUUUCAUUACAACUGGCAGCGUUCUGAAUGUCAGCUGCUGACUGUGACCCAAAUUUCACCGCAUACCCAGUUGCAGAGGAAUGUUCAUUUUGACCUCUACCAGAAGAAAAGUUAUGUAAGGAAAUGCAUCAUAGGAGAUGGAGCAAACUAUAGAGGGAUCCAGUCUGUGACUGCAAAAGGAAAAACAUGUCAAAAAUGGUGGCUAAAGUUUCCUCAUGAUCACAGAUAUUAUCCAUCCCAAUAUAAUGGUUUGGAAGAAAAUUAUUGCCGGAAUCCAGAUAAUGAUAGGCAUGGCCCCUGGUGCUACACAACUGAUCCUUCUACCCGACAUCAAAGCUGUGGUAUCAAGAAAUGUGAAAAUGCUGUCUGUGUGGCAUGUAAUGGUGAGGAUUAUCGGGGAUUCGUUGAUCACACUGUGUCAGGAACAGAGUGCCAACGCUGGGACCUGCAGCAUCCUCACAAGCAUCCAUACCUGCCAAACAAAUACCCAGAUAAAGACCUUACUGAUAAUUAUUGCCGUAAUCCUGACAAUUCUGAGCAACCUUGGUGUUACACAGUGGAUCCUGCCAAGGAGCGUGAAUUCUGUCACAUUCAUAAAUGCACAGAAAAACAUCCACAUCUGUCUACUACAACCAGCUGCUUCCGGCUGAAAGGAGAAGAUUAUCGAGGCAAGGUGAAUGUCACUACAUCGGGCGUCCCCUGCCAACGCUGGGACUCACAGACACCACACCGACACAAAUUCCACCCAGAGAAAUAUCCAUGCAAAGGCCUAAGUGAGAAUUACUGUCGGAAUCCUGAUGGCUCAGAGGCUCCCUGGUGCUUCACUUUGAUGACCAACCUGCCUAAAGCUUUCUGUUUCCAGAUCAAGCGCUGUGCUGAGGAUGUGGAGGCAGAGGACUGUUACCAUGGAAAUGGGGAAGAUUACCAAGGCACAGUUAGUAAGACCCGGAAAGGAAUUACCUGCCAGAAAUGGAAGGAGCAAACCCCUCACACACUCCAGCACUUCUUUCCCUUACUACCUAAUGUGCGCCUUGAACAGAACUAUUGUCGUAACCCUGACAAUGACAGUCAUGGGCCCUGGUGCUACACUAUGGAUCCUAACACUCAGUUUGAUUACUGUGCCAUUAAACCAUGUGCUGAUGACAAGAAUCAGUCCAAUUUGCUGAAUCCAGAGAAUGUGGUUUUUGACCAGUGUGGUAGGAGGAAUGAGCGAAUAUCAUUACGGGCUCGUAUUGUAGGAGGUGGACCUGGAAACUCACCUUGGACAGUCAGCAUUCGCAAUCGAGAAGGAGUCCAUUUCUGUGGAGGAUCCCUGGUAAAAGAGGAGUGGGUAAUCAGCACCCGGCUGUGUUUCUCUUCCUGUGAUGCUGACUUAACUGGUUAUUACGUCGUGCUUGGAACGCUCUUUAAGAACCCUGGUCCUAAUGACCCAAACAAACAGGCCAUUCCUUUAAUUAAGAUUGUCUGUGGUCCCUCUGAGUCACUUGUGGUGAUGCUGAAACUGGAGAGGCCUGCACUUCUGAAUCAACGUGUGGCAUUGAUCUGCCUUCCACCUGAGCGUUACAUUGUGCCUGAGGACACUGAGUGUGAGAUUGCAGGAUGGGGUAGCACCGGAGGAACUGGGAAUGACAAUGUCCUCAACGUGGCCAGGCUGCCAGUCAUGAACAAUCAGAAUUGCAAUGUGGCCCUUCAAGGCCGUCUGAAGGACAAUGAAUUAUGUACAUCAGCACUGAAGGUUGGCGUGGGAGCCUGUGAGGGUGAUUUUGGAGGUCCUUUGGCCUGCCUGACUCAAGACUGCUGGGUGCUACAAGGUGUGAUCACCCCAUUGCGGGUAUGUGCCCGGAAAGACGUGCCUGCCACUUUCAUCCGAAUCUCCAUGUAUGUUGACUGGAUCAACAAAGUGAUGAGGCUGAGCUGAGCUGAUGUAUAUUUAUCACAAAGUCACUGAACAUAUGGCUAAAUUAAUGUGAUUUUAACUAAGCAUAAGCUAAUGUGUUGCAUUAUUAAAUCAUCCAUAUCCUUUUGAUAGGAGUGGUUGGUUGUUAUCCAAGAGUAUAGCUCUUUCAAUGGACAUAUUCAUGGACAGAAACUUCAAUAUGUAACACUUCUACCCAUAGCCGCCUCACUGGAGCAGUCCUUGACUUUACAUUUAACAUGGGCAUUGUCUGCAAUUUCUUUUUUGUCAUCAGUAUUAAAAGUUCAGUUGAGGCUGAAUGUUCCCCAGGUUUAAGGAAAUAUUGCUUCCCUUAGAACAUAUGCACCAUUUCUAAGCCCUGAAAUAAUUUCUGGAGAUCUUCAGUGUGAUUUUCUGAAAACUGAUUCCUUCUCUUUUUUUGUUAUCAUUUGCAAUCUGGUGUUCUCCAGAUGUCAAAAGAUUGCAACUCAUAGCCAACUCCAAGGGUUCAUGGGAGGUAUUGUCCAAGCCAGCUGAAUGUAAAUAAAUUCUUUAUCCUCUGAACCAGCAUACGAAACAUCAUAUGACAUCUUUAUUUUUGCAGUCCAGACAUUACCGUAUAUGCUGGCGUACAAGGCGACAUGGCGUAUAAGACGACCCCCGUCUUUGUCGGCGAGCCGCAUUCCUAGAACGUCGUCUUAUACGCCGGAAACUACCAGUA